AAAAAAGAAAAUCAAAGAACUUUCUUUCCGCGCGUCCUUUUUUUUUAUAUUUUUCUCUUUUGUUCCCUUCCAACUAUAAUUUAUUUGUAAGACCAACAUGCCCACCACCAUCGAAGUGAAUGUCAAGUCAUCGAGUCAAAAAUAUGUGAUAUCGAUAGAAAACGAUAAAACCAUUCUUGAUUUGAAAAAUGAGAUUGCUAAGAAAACCGAAGUUCCUGCAGAAAAUCAACGUCUUAUCUUUUCAGGGCGUAUCUUGAAAGACCCCGCUACUUUAGAAGAAAGCAAUAUAGCCAAUGGACAUACUGUUCACAUGGUGAAAUCAGGUGGUACUACCAAUAAAACCAAUGCUUCGACUUCAAGUAAUAACAACGCAAGCAGCACAAACACUACCGCCUCCAGUGCACCACCUUCUUCGCAACCUCAGCAACCUACAACACAGCAAGCACCCAAUCCUAAUCCUUUUGCCGGUUUUGCAGGUAUGCCGAACGACUCUCAAUCAAACCCUUACAACAUGUUUGGUGCCGGAUUCGGUGCAGGUGCUAUGGGCAACAGCUUUGGCAGCAUGAUGGAUCCCAACAUGAUGAAUCAAAUGCUACAAAAUCCCAUGUUUGCUCAAUACAUGUCGAGUGUUUUACAAAACCCAGGUGUUUUGGAUUCCAUCAUUCAGACCAAUCCUCAAUUAGCGGGUAUGGGGCCCGAAAUCCGUGCCAUGAUGCAAACACCCGAGUUUAGACAGAUGCUAUCCAAUCCUGACAUGAUCCGUCAAAUGGCCACCAUGGCAGGUGCAAUGCAAAACAUGGGCAUGGGAGGAGGUAUGCCAGGAGCAGGAGCAGGAGCAUUCAAUCCAUUCGCAGCUAUGGCACAAACACAAACACAAACCCCCUCUUCACCCAAUACAACACAGACAUCAUCUACUCCACAGCAACCACAACAGCAGCAGAACCCUUUUGCUAGCUUCGGUAACGUACCUCCUGUCGAUCCUCAAUUACAACAAAGAAUGGCCGCUUUAUUUGGCAUGGGAGCAGGAGGAGCUGCUGCUCCCGCAUCACCAGCGGAUACACGUCCACCUGAAGAACGUUUCCAAGUGCAAUUACAACAAUUAAAUGAUAUGGGUUUCUGGGAGGCUGCCAAAAAUAUUAGAGCUUUACAAGCAACUGGAGGCAAUGUGGAAGCCGCUAUUGACCUUUUACUCAGUGGCAAUCUUUAGAAAAAAAAAAAAAAAACCAUUUCUCAAAGAAUAAACCUCUCUGCCCUCCCCACCAUAGCACCUACAUGUAUAGUCCGUUUUUUUUUCUUUCCGCCUCCCACCCUCUUUCUUCAAAGUUUACAAACAUAACUAUACUUUCUUAAUAUACUAUAGCUAAAUAGCUUGCUAUUUUUCUUUUUUUUUUUCGUUUUUUAAUUCUUUUUUUCCUCAUUAACUCGUUCUAAAUAAAUUGACCAACAAGUUUCUGAAGUGUGUAAAUGCCUUUUCAACUUCCUGUGAUAUUUCGCCAUGAUAAUCUGAUCUUGAAGGAGGCAAUGGAGGAGAUACAUCGUUAGGUGCAGCAGUGAAUGAAGCCAUGCCAUCAGCGUUGGCCGUGGUCAUCGUAGCAGACGUAUCCAAAGCAGAAGCCGAGCUAGAGUGAUCAGAAACGUACGGUGAUGACUGCUGCUGCUGCUGCUGCUGCUGUUGUUGUUGUUGUUGUUGUUGUUGUUG